GAUUAUGGGACGGUUUCGAUUUAACUUAAGAGGAAGCUGUAAACACUCCGCACACCAUGUGACAGAUUUCUACAUAAAGGUGAACCAGGAAAAAGACCAAGUCAGUGACGGGGUUCGAACACAGACGCAGACAUGAUUCCGACUGUUCAAUGUGUGAUGUUGGUGAACCUGCUGCUCUUCUGUUUGUGUGUCAGCACUGCAGCUGUGUUUGACAGCAGGUUUGAUGUCCACUGGGAGCUGUGGAAGAAGACGCAUGGAAAAACUUAUGAAAAUCAGGCGGAGAAUAUGCGCCGCAGGGAAUUGUGGGAGAAGAACCUGGCGCUCAUUACCAUGCACAACCUGGAGGCCUCCAUGGGAAUUCACACCUACGAAUUGGGCAUGAAUCACAUGGGAGACCUGACGGAAGAAGAGAUCCAACAGUCAUUUGGCACGCUCACUCCUCCUGCUGACAUCAAGAGGGAGCCAUUGUCCUUCUUGGGGACAUCAGGCGCCAACGCUCCAGACUCAAUAGACUGGAGAGAAAAGGGCUGCGUCACUUCUGUCAAAAUGCAGGGAUCAUGUGGCUCCUGCUGGGCCUUCAGUUCUGCGGGGGCCCUUGAGGGCCAGCUGGCCAAGAUCACGGGGAAGCUGAUAGACCUGAGUCCACAAAACCUGGUUGACUGUUCUAGUAAAUAUGGAAACAAAGGCUGCAAUGGUGGCUUCAUGAGCCAAGCCUUCCAGUACGUCAUCGACAACCAGGGCAUCGACUCUGAGGCUGGGUAUCCCUAUAGAGGACAAGAACAACCUUGUCGCUACAACCCCACGUACCGUGCAGCCAACUGCUCCCAGUAUAAGUUCCUGCCUGAGGGCGAUGAAAACACUCUGAAACAGGCUCUGGGCACCAUCGGACCUAUAUCAGUGGCCAUCGAUGCAACAAGGCCCAGAUUUACCUUCUACAGAAGUGGAGUAUAUGAUGACCCAUCAUGCUCAAAGAGGGUAAACCACGCAGUGUUAGCUGUGGGUUAUGGUACACUGGAUGGACAAGACUAUUGGCUGGUGAAGAACAGUUGGGGAACAUCUUUUGGAGACCAGGGCUACAUCAGGAUGUCACGCAACAAGGACAACCAGUGUGGCAUCUCUUCGUACUCCUGCUUUCCCAUCAUGUAGCUGCAAAGAGUAGAAGCUGUGACUAAAACGUCCACAUUGUCAUGUUAGUGUUAUCGUUUGAAUCAAAAUAUUUUUUACUACAAGAAAUACUAAUGAACAAAAACACCUUAUACAGCAAAACAGAUUUGUUGGUAUUUUAAAGGAUUUUUUUCUCCUUGGUGUGGAUGAAACUAUUUUAAAUCUGUAAAAGUGCUAUACUGAAUAAAUCACUGAUUUACUGUUUUCUUAGUUUAUGCCCUGUUGAUGCACUUCAGGUGUGGAUGCAUAAGUGUAAGUGUUCAAGCCUUUGACAUCUGCCGAUGCAGCGAAGGUGAAGAGCCGAUUUCUUCCCCAGCGACUGGAGACUGGCCUGUUAAACCUGCCAUAAAAAUGUCUGAAAGGAAACCAUUGACUUGGGAAAUUGGUGUGUUGGUCAAUUUAGCUUUUACAUGUUACGAGGGAACUCUAAAAUCAAUACCACGUGUCUCUGUUAAAUCUCUGUGUCUCCUGUGCUGUAAGCAUGUAAAAGGUGAUAACAUACCAUGUGGUAGCUAAGAAUGACCACAAGGAGAAACAGUCCUCGUCUGACAUUAAACAGUGAAAAUGUACCAUGCUCUGCUAGGACGCUACCUUCUUGUUUUCCUUGUUUUUUCUUUCAUGUAAAGUGGAAAGAUUUAUCAGUGGGAAAUUAAGCCAGUAGAUGGCAGCAAUGCAGCUGAGUGCAGAGUUGCUCUUCAAAAUUAAGGAAGAUGAAGCAAGGCAAGGUUGUUAGAGUUAGCUCAAGUAAGCCUGUCUUGGAGGAAAACGACUUAUUGUAAGUAAAGAAUCAGAUUGUUUGUGUUUGUGUGUGUGUUGUGGAAUGCAAUUGUUAUUAAUUUAAUUAAAGACACAAUUGUUCAAUGCUUGUA